UAGAACAAAACAACAACAUAACGCAAAACACCACCAUAAAAAAACCCCACUGUCCAUCUCAUCAUCACGAACACACACACCAUGGCAUCCAAAUUCGACGUCGCAACAGCGCGUAAAGCCUUCCCCGCACUCGCGCAGCAACAAGUCUACAUGGACAACGCCGGCGGCACACAAACCCUCUCCAGCGUGGCCGACUCAAUCCACACAUAUCUCCUCUCGACGAACGUGCAGCUAGGCGCUACAUACCCAGUCUCAGCAACAAGCACCCGUCAGUACAACGAGGGCUACGCCGCGGCAGCAGGGUAUAUCAAUGCAGAUGUCAACGAAGUCGUGCUCGGCGGCGCGACAACCCAGCUCUUCGCCAACCUCGCCACAUCGCUGUACUCGUUCUUCUCGCCCGGCGACGAGAUCAUCCUGUCGCUGCUCGACCACGAGGCAAACAUCGGCGCCUGGGUGCGCAUGGCAGCACUCCUCAAGCUAAGCAUUGUAUGGUGGAAAGGCUCGUACGACACGUCCAAGUACAACCCGGUACACGCCCCCGAUAACCUGAUUCCGCUCCUCACGCCCAGAACGAAAUUUGUUGCGUGCACGCAUACGAGUAACAUCCUGGGCAGCAUCCACGACAUUGCUGCCCUGAGCAAGACAAUCAAAACGCAUGCGCCGGGUGCGCUGUUCUGUGUCGAUGGCGUGGCGUAUGCGCCGCAUCGAGCCGUGGAUGUUAAGGCGCUGGGCGUGGACUUUUAUUGUUUUUCAUGGUACAAAGUAUAUGGGCCACAUAUCUCCAUGUUGUACGCGAGCAGCGCGGCGCAGAAAUACAUGACAUCCCAAGGGCACUACUUCAAAGGUGCACCAGAAACACAAUCGCUUGACACCAAGCUUGGGCACGCAGGCAGCUCAUACGAGCUGGUAGCUAGCAUACCACACAUCGUCUCGUAUCUGAGUCCAGCCAAGGAGACGUGGGAUGCGAUAGCUGCACACGAGGAAGAAUUGACGAAGCCAAUCAUAGAAUUUUUGGAGAAGGAUAAGAGAGUGCAGAUCGUGGGCCAGCCAGUGGCGGAUAAAGAGCUGCGGGUACCGGUCAUUAGCUUUUGGGUGGAGGGGUGGAAGAGCGAGGAUGUUGUGCUGGAGGUAGAGAAGAGGAGUGCGUAUGGGUUUCGGUGGGGGCAUAUGUAUACGCAUCGCUUGGUGGAGGGUCUGUGGGGCAAGGGAGAUGAUGGGGCAGUGAGAAUAAGUCUGGUGCAUUAUAACACUUUGGAGGAGGUUCAGGGUCUUCUGAAGGUUCUGGGUGAGGUUCUCAAGGCGUAGGCCCGUGCUUUCUAUAGACUGGCCGUCUUGGUAGGCCCUUGGCCGCGCGUCUUGCAUGCUAGGUAUAGAUUAAGUCGCGCAAAACAAGGACGUCCUCAACAAUGGAGUGUAUGCCUUGUCGAUGCCGCUGUGCCGCC